AUUGAAAGGUGAAGACUGUACACAAAAAGCUCACAGGGGAAGUGAGAGAUCAGAAAUGAAACAGUAGAAAAGUGAAAGAUCUGCCUCUUCCCCAACUGGGGGCAUUUCUUCUUCCUUAAAAACAAAAACCACAAGCAAAAUCAAUCCUCAGAGCUAAACAAAGCAUAGACCCAUUACCCAUAUCCAAAUUCCAAACCCCUUCCUUGUUUUCCCGGAGAGAGAGAGAAUCUAGAGUGGGAGAACUCAGUAGCAAUACCCACGUCAACACCAACCCCCCCCCUCUCUCUCUGUUUCUCUUCCUUCUGCUUCUUCUUGUUUUGAAUUUGUUCUACGGGGGUUGACCUAAUUCGCGCAAACCCAGAAGAGAGAGAGAGAGAGAGAGAGAGAGAGAGAGAGAGAGAGAGAGAGAGAGAGAGAGAGUUGGGGAGGGAGGGGGGUUAUGGGUAAUUCAUUUGGGUGCUCGGCGUCAGGGGAGAGGCUUGUAUCGGCAGCGAGAGACGGCGAUUUGGUGGAAGCGAAGAUGCUGCUGGACUGUAACCCUUGCCUCGCCAAGUACUCCACCUUUGGGGGUCUCAAUUCUCCUCUUCACUUCGCUGCAGCCAAAGGCCACAACGAGAUUGUUGCACUGUUGCUUGAGAAUGGAGCUGAUGUGAAUUCUAGAAAUUACUGCGGCCAGACGGCAUUGAUGCAAGCGUGUCGAUAUGGGCACUGGGAGGUUGUACAGACUCUUCUACUCUUCAGAUGCAACGUUACAAGAGCAGAUUACCUUAGUGGGAGGACAGCUCUCCACUAUGCAGCUGUAAAUGGGCAUGUAAGAUGCAUAAGACUUGUGGUGGCUGACUUUGUUCCAAGUGUUCCUUAUGAAUUUAUAAAUGCUAAUGCAAAUGGUAACCAAGGUGACGGUUCAAAUGCAAAGAACAAGUAUGUUCAGAGUGCACUGUCCAAGUUUGUAAAUAAAGCAGCUGAUGGGGGUAUAACGGCUCUUCAUAUGGCUGCAUUGAAUGGGUAUUUUGAUUGCGUCCAGCUCCUGCUUGACAUUCAUGCAAAUGUGUCAGCAGUUACAUUUCACUAUGGAACGUCAAUGGAUUUGAUAGGAGCUGGAAGCACUCCUUUGCAUUAUGCUGCUUGUGGGGGAAAUUUGAAGUGCUGUCAGAUCCUCUUGGCAAGACGUGCCAGUCGGCUGAAUUUGAACUGCAAUGGGUGGCUGCCCCUUGAUGUUGCAAGAAUGUGGGGUCGUCACUGGCUUGAACAAUUGUUGACGCCCAAUUCUGACUCAAUAAUACCGACAUUCCCUCCUUCCAACUACCUAUCUUUGCCUCUCAUGAGCGUACUUAACAUAGCAAGGGAUUGCGGGUUGCAAUCUUCAAUAUAUUCCUCGGAUGACACAGAUACAUGUGCCGUUUGCCUGGAGAGGGCAUGUACUGUAGCUGCUGAAGGUUGUGGGCAUGAGCUUUGUGUAAGAUGUGCAUUGUAUCUUUGCUCGACAAGCAACCUCCCAUCAGAGAUGGCAGGUCCACCUGGGUCCAUUCCAUGCCCUCUUUGCCGGCACAGCGUUGUUUCUUUUGUUAAAUUGCCUGGCUUCGCAGUGAAGGAAACCAAACUACACUUGUCCCUUGGCCUGUGUACCCCAUGCAUGCUAAACCCUCGCAAUCAAGAGCGUUCAAUGCCUGCUUGUACACCAGAGAUCCGAAAGCAUCGCGUGGCUUCGGUCUCUUCAGAUAUUUUUUGCCCAGUUACUUGUAGUCCAUUUCCUUCUGUUGCUAUGCCUUUGUGUGCCUGCAAUGAUGGUCCAUGUCCAUCUUUUGAGCCUCGAGAGAUAGAAACACAAGAUGAGUCUCCACGGCUCUCACAUUCCACAUCAGUAGAUGAGGAUAAAAUGAAAGGAACGAGACUGGAGAGAACGACCUGUUCAAGCAUGUUUUGGGGCAGAAGAAGUUGUAGCAGAGAGCAUCAGUGCAAUUCGGAGAUAAAUGCCUGACAGGUACUAGAUGUUCUGUUUUGUAUCAUCUGUUGCAUAGGAGUAUUAAGGUGGUGUUUUCCAUGGCUGUGAUAAUUGAUCUCACCAGUCUCAAACACAAGUUUUUUUAUUCUGUGUUUGCUUCCAUUUGUGACUAGUUAUGGGGUUAUGUUGUUGUGAAUGCCAGUUAGACUACAAUAUAUUUAAAAGGAUUGGUAAAAGUUGUAUGUUAGGGAAUACAGAUUGAUUGUAAUUGAAUUCAUUAAACGGCACAUUUAUAUUAAUCAGUGUUAUGGUUCUUGACA